AUGUGUUUAUCACCGCUCAUUGCCAGAUCCCCAGCACCACCAGUCAGGACGGUAUCAAAGGUUCAACCAGAAUCAUCAAGCUCGAGAGUGAAACUAAAACGUAAAUCCAAUGAAUCCCCGACUCCCGCCGGGUCGUCACCUACACCGAAACGUCCAACUCAAACUCAGAGUAAUCUUCAACUGAAAUUUCGCAAUCCGACAGCAGCCCUUCCUGUCCCUUGCCUUCGAAAUACAGCAUCCCCCACCCAAGUUAUCUCAUUGGGUGACCCUACCAGUCCUGAACCCGGUAAGCUCUCGUCAGCUCACAACAAUGAUCCUCAUUUGACCAACGAUCCAAGCACUUCUUCCCUAGGUGAUGUCGCAGAUAAGCUCCUACCUCCCAGCCCAUUUGCUCCCUCUAAUACAUGUGAGCCUGGGGAUUUUAUCACGUAUUGGAGAAAACGAGCCUUUGACUACGAAGAUCGCUUCAUCGACCAAAAGUCAAGAUGUGACAUUUUGGAGAGAUAUAAGAGGAAGAGAGAAGAUGAAGACUCUCAGGGGUCGGGGACUGACAUUCAUCGAUUAUUCAGACAAAGGGAAGAACAGAUUGACAGAGAACGAGAUGAAUGGCAAAGUGAGAUCAAAGCUCUGAAGGAAGAUCUAGAAAAGAAGAUAGAAACGAUUGGACUCGCCCAGGAAAGACAAGAAAUUUCCGAAACACAAUAUCUUUUUGAAGUCGCUAUUAGAGAGACACUCACUAAAGAGAGAGACGAUCUGCAAAGUGAAAAGAAUGAAUUGGUAUUAGCAAAAAGUCAAGUCGAAUCGGCGUAUGAGAAAUAUCAGUCUCAAACUAAAGAAGAAUACUCAAAACUCGAUGGAAAGAUCAAAGAGCUGGUAAAUGAGCGAAAUGGUCUUUCAGAAAAACUCAAUGCAAGCUGCCAAGAAAAGACAUCACUUGAAAUGGAGUUGAAGCAGACUCGAGAAGAGCGUGACACCAGCCAACAGAACUAUGAGAAUUUGGAAUCAUUUCAUGAAAAGCUUUACGAGUUCAUGGGGAGUAGAAAAUAA